AUAUAAAUAUAUUUGCAUCGCUCCAAUAAUUUUGAUAACAUACACUCAUACAGUACUCUUCUCCGAUCGAAUUUCAAUGGAAGAAGCUAUAGAGCUGGUUUUCAUUCCCGCCCCAGGAAUGGGGCACCUUGUUUCCGCUGUUGAAGCCGCGAAACUCCUUCUACAAACACGCCCUCAUAGCCUCUCCAUUACAGUCUUCAUCAUGAAGUUGCCGUUCGAUUCCAAGGUUAAUUCUUACAUCGAAUCUCUACUUGCCGAUGACGAGAUCUCCAGGUUGAAGCUCGUACCACUGGAGGUGGAUCCUCCCGAUGAGCGUUUGAAGGAGAACCCCGACAAGACUGUUUUUUUCCGUUUAUUCGUUGAAUCUCAUAAGCCUAAAGUUAGGGAUUGCGUUAUUGAGAUGAGGGAUUCGAGGGGUAGUUGUGGUGCGAGGAUUGCGGGGUUUGUUGUGGAUAUGUUCUGUACUGCUAUGAUGGAUGUGGCUGAUGAGUUGGGGCUCCCCACCUAUGUGUUCUACACUUCCGGUGCGGCUAUGCUUGGCCUUCACCUCCAUCUCCAAAGCCUCAGAGACGACCAUGGUGUAGAUGUCACGGAGAUUAAGGAUUCCGACCCAGAUCUCAACAUCUCCACUUACUCCAAGCCGUUUCCGGCGAAGUUAUUGCCGGCGGUUGCGUUGCUUAAGACCGGAGGGUCCACCAUGUUCUUGGACAUUCCCGUACGACUCCGACGGGCAAAAGGCAUCCUUGUCAACACCUUCCUCGAGCUAGAGACACACGCGCUUGAAUCUUUGUCUAGAGAUGAGAAGGUCCCACCUGUGUACCCGGUGGGACCCAUACUGAACAUAAAAAGUGAUAAGAAGGGAGGAGAAUCUGAGGACAAAAUCAUGAAAUGGUUGGAUGACCAGCCAGAUUCAUCGGUCGUGUUUCUUUGUUUUGGAAGCGGCGGAAGUUUUUCGGAACCUCAAGUGAAGGAGAUUGCUUACGGGCUUGAGCGUAGCGGUCAUAGGUUCUUGUGGUCCUUGAGGAAGCCCCCGUCAGAAAGCUCACCAUUUCCUACCGACUACAACAAUCUUGAAGAGGUCUUGCCAGAAGGAUUUUUAGAAAGAACUAAAAACAUGGGAAAAGUUAUAGGAUGGGCCCCGCAAGCUACCGUGCUAGCUCAUCCUGCUGUAGGAGGUUUUCUCUCACAUUGCGGAUGGAAUUCAACUCUAGAAAGUGUUUGGUUCGGGGUACCCAUGGCAGCUUGGCCAAUAUAUGCGGAGCAACAAGCAAAUGCAUUCCAAUUGGUAACGGACAUAGGAGUGGGAGUUGAGGUUAGGAUGGAUUACAAAAGAGAUAUGAUAGUGGGAUAUGCAGGAGUUUCAGAAGAUGUGACGGCCAAGGAAAUCGAAACUGGAAUCACAAGUCUUAUGGACCAUCCUGCUACCAAUCCGGUUUGGAUAAAAGCUAAAGAAUUAAAAGAAAUAAGUAAAAAGACACUACUAGAAGGUGGUUCAUCCUUUAAUUUUCUUGAAAGCUUCUUUGAAUGUGUCAUAAACAACCUCAGGUAGAUGCAUUAGAUUUGACAAUUUUUGUUUUCUGCACGUUAAACAAUUUACAUCACCACUAGUCUACUGUGAGGAUGAAACAUUGUACUUUUGACUAGGUUUGCAUAAUGAGAUAUGGUAUCUCAUUCUUCACUUGGUACUUGGUUGUGUUUGGAAAGUAGAAAAAUAAUUUCUAAAAAAUGUAUUCUGAAAAAUGAGUCAUUUUUCGGAAAAAUAGAUGUAUUUUUAGUGUUUGAAUGUAUUUUGAAAA